GGUCGACCGGCACUGGUGUGAAAAAGGAGCCUAUACCAAAACUGUAUUACUAAUUCUAUAGAACUAGAAACGAUGGGUCUUUCGCACAGCAUUUCCGUUCCCGGUGGGGGUACCGAGGGUUACCAUGUUUUGCGGGUGCAAGACAACUCGCCGGGCAAAACGGCCGGGCUGGAGGCGUUCUUCGAUUUUAUCCUUGCCAUCGGGAACACUCGGCUCGAUCAGGACAAUGAUACGCUGAAGGAGCUGCUGAAGGCAAACAUCGACAAGGACAUUCAGAUGACUGUUUACAGCAGCAAAACACAAAACAUUCGCUUGGUGGACAUCACCCCCAGCAGCACAUGGGGUGGACAGGGAUUGCUAGGCGUUAGCAUACGGUUCUGCUCCUUCGAGGGCGCAAACGAGAACGUGUGGCAUAUUCUCGAGGUGCAUCCGUCUUCGCCGGCAGAGGAAGCCGGCCUGAUUCCAUUCACAGACUACAUCAUCGGUGCCGACUCCAUUCUGCACGAAAGUGAAGAUCUCUUUACGCUGAUCGAGUCCCACGAGGGACGUCCUCUCAAGAUGUACGUGUAUAAUACCGAUCUCGACCGUUGCCGGGAGGUGACAAUUACGCCCAACACGAAAUGGGGCGGCGAAGGUAGUUUGGGUUGUGGUAUUGGCUAUGGCUAUCUGCAUCGGAUACCAAUCCGGGUGCUACCAAGCGAAGGAAUGAACCCUCCAACCGGAAUCACUGGAGGAGCUCAAUCCGUAUCGAUCGGUCCAGUCACCACAAGCACUGGAGGGGCAGUAACUACUACGGCAGCAUAUGGACAGCCUAUGCCAACUACCAGCUUUGCGGACACGACGAACCGCAAUGUACCGUUCAUUCCGAUGGUGCCCCCAUUGGCAAAUACUUUCGCACCGCUCGUAAGCAGCGCCGCCAACGAUUUACUAACGGUUGCUCCACCCAGUGGUACGACUACAACGGCCACCACUUCCACGAUGGGAGAUGGCACAGCAGCCCUGGCAAAUCAGUUUGCCAAUAUGUCCACCUCGACGGGUGCUACCGACCAGGUGAACAAUAACGUUGAAACGCAAACGACUCCAAAGCAACCUACGUACAACAACAACCCGAUGCAAACUGUAGAAGGCGUCGCGUCGCCACCAAUUCAUGUUGGCCCUGCGAUUUAUACACCACCUUCGGGACCCUCCGAGCAAGCAAGCGUGUCCCAGGCUCCCACUGCUCCUUCUCAACAGCCGCAGGCCCCGUUGGUGAACCUGUCAUAUCCGGCAACAUCUAUGGCAACAAAUCCCUAUUCAAUGGCGGCCAGCACGGUGCCUCCGCCAUCGACGCUGGCUAGCGAUUUUUAUCAAAUGUAUGGUGCUCCAACUCCAGCAAGCGCUGCAGUAUCCGCACCGUCCAACUCGAGCAACUACGCCAUGUCUACCACAAUCGACUUCCUGCAGAGUCAACAGCAGCAGCAACAGCAGACCUGGUCCCAACCGCCGAUUCAAAUGUACUCCACGUACCCACAGGUUCAACCAAUUCCGGACCCCACGAAUUCACCCGCUCACCAUGCUUCAACCGUACCAACUUCGACACUAUUCCAAAGCAACGCGGUCACGACCCCCAUUUCUCUACCGGGAAUGCCACCAAUUACGGUCAGUGCUACAAUCCAACCGGAAGCACUGCGUGGAUUGCAAUUUACCAAUGCACCACCGAGCAGUACAAGCUCAGUCACAGCUGGUGGCCAGCAGUACCAGCAGCUUCCUCCGCCAGCUAUGACCAUGUCCCAGCCUACGCUGCAGUGAAUACGGUUUCGACCAAAAAUGAAGUGCAAUGUGAGCGCUGUUUGAUAAUGGAACAUUUUGGAAUAUACCGCCAGCGCGGGAUUUUUGUAAAUAGUAAAAUAUCCUUCUAUUUCUAUGCUAAUUGCUGGCCAAUCUUUACCACAGUUGCACCAGUUUCUUCUAUCCGGUAAGGUUCCGUGGAACAAUGUGGUGUGAACAUCGAUCUUUGUUUUUGAUUGUUACGAAAGUUGGAACGGUUGCAACCCGAUGGCGGAUCUUGUUUCAAACAAAGCAUUUCCCGGUUUGGUGACAUCGGAUCGGGGUGCAUAAUUUUUAUUCGACUUUUCUUGUUUUUAUCUUGCGCUUUACUAUAUAAGUUUAGUCAAUCUAUGAAAUGAUAAAGUAUCGUUAUGAUUAUGUAAACUGUAUGUAACGAGAGAAUUGCAUUGUUGAGGGAAGAAAGAAAUUCAGUAUGACUUUAUUUCCGUAAUAAAUAUCGAAUAUUCUAAUA